AUGUCUAACAAACGGAGUUUUGACGAGGCUGCCCUUGAAGGCUACGACAAUAACGAAUUGCUGAUACCCAAUGCUGAAGAUACUGUUGACGACGCGUUACUCUUCGAAAACAUACAUCUUAGCCCCCCGAACCCUGAACCAAUCGAACAGACAAUCUCGCAGCAGGUCGAGAUUGGUGAGAUACCUUCUGCUACAGUUGUUCCUGAGGAAAUUUCAACAACCGCCAUUGCCAGACCUCCAGUUGAAAAUCGCGAUGGCGCUACAACUACUGCUUUGGAAGCUGCCAAUUCCUCAAGGGCUACGUCGGAGGCCACACAAGGAUCGGAAGAUGCUACAGCCCAACAAACUGCGCAGAAGCCACCAAAGAAGAAAGCUCGGAAGAAUCAUGUACCUACGCUAAAUAGAGGUAAAAAGGAUUGGAGAGAUGCAUAUCUCACUAAUCACCACAAAAGAAAAGAUAAAAUGAUGGCCGAAUGGGCAGAGGCAAAGAAGAAGCACGAGAAAGCGAUGGAAGCAAAAUACAGAAAGGGCCCGGUCCGUCCAGAUGAGCAAUUCAAAAAGCGUGAGCCUCUCACAAGAGCGCCGACAGCUUGUGAUUUCUGCAGACUAUUCAAGUCGAGAUGCAACAGUGAUAAGGACACGGAAUGUUCAAAUUGUGUCAAGACAAACUCAUGGUGCGGCGAAACAAAUGCAUCGACUGAAGUCACUCAUUAUCGUGGAUUAAGCAAGGACCAGGAAGAAAAAAUCCAAACACUGCAAGAGGAGCUUGAGGGGCUUAAAAGACGCGAACAGAAAUACAGGAACGAAAUCGAGGAGCUGAAAAAACAACUCGAUGAUUUUCCCCCUCUGCCGACCUUACCUACCCCCUAUGGCUCCUGGCAAACCCUCGGAAGCACAGAUUAUCAGAGGAACUACGGCGGGAAAGGCACUGCGCAAGUUCCGGUAGCUGGGAGCUUGGGUCCCAGCCAAUCGAACCAUCAACCUAGCCUAAGCACCGUUGCUAGUGGCUCGUCACAAACGGCUCCUGGCUAUCCGCAGCAAAAUGAAGUAGGACCUGCUUCACUGACAAAUUACUCCCAAUUUGGCCGUCUUCAACCAGAUACUCUCCUCCAUCAAGACAGAGCUGUCAAUUUUUACUGUGAGCAGGUUCCUCAACCCCUCGACGGCCAGAUGGACGGAAUGCCUCACGGACUUCCCACCCUGCCCUAUAGUGUCUUCAAUACUCCACUGAGCCAAGGGAUUCCGCCUAUGUCAUCCUUGGCUUCGCAAUAUUCUGCGCCGUUGCAGACCCAACAGCUCCAUAGCAACCACAUGAAUUACUAUGCUUCUUCUCCUGCACAGGUCAUUGCCCAGGGGGCUCAUCAGGUUAAAACUGACUCAUCCUACGUCUAUGAAAACCCGCUCACUGAGGAGGUCUCUUCUAAUUUGCAACAGCCUGCAGAAGACACCGAAUUAUAUAAGGAGUGA